AUGGCAGCAGGUAGUGACGAUUCUUCAACUGCUACUACUGAAACGAAGACGACAACGUCGUUGAUGACGAAUACGACUACGAUGAUGUUAGUCGACGAGACUUACGAGUUUUCGGCUCCGAAGUUUUAUGAUUUUGCGAAAGGAGAAUCAGAUGAAGAUUCUAGAAACGCAGAGCUUUGGUUUGAUGUUACAGAGUCCUACGCUCCUUCUCCUUUUAUGCCUAGAAUUAAGACUGGCAGAUCAUUUAAGGUAGAGACCUUAUGUGAUUUUAGUAAAGAAGACCAAUUGCAAAAGGUGGCAGAAUCAUCUGAUUCAAAAGCAACUAAUUCCUCAUCAGACAGUAACUCUCAAUCAGAGGUCAUGCCACCACCACCACCACCACCAGCCAUUGAAAUGAGGAAGGAAGAAACUACUCCUAACGAGGAAAACAAAGAAAACAAUGCUAACCUUGUCAAUGUGAUUUCUGCUGGUGAGGUUACUUGUGAAAAACAGAAGAAGGUGGGGUUUGCACGUGCUGAAGGAAGAAAUGGAAGAAGCUCUUCUUCUCUGCAAAUUGAAAACAUUGAUAGUAAGAGCUGUAAAAAUGAAGCUUACUGCACCCCUAAACCACCAACGUCUUCUCGGAACAGAGGCCUGUUGACUGGCACCCCCAAGCCACCAUUGUCAUCUCGGAACGGAGGCGGCCUAUUGACUGAUUCCAAGAAGAAUCAGUCAGCUAGACGUAUAGCUAGUUUGGUUAAGAAUCCAUCGUUGGUGAAGCCAAAGAGUCAAUCACAGUCUUCACAAGCUAAGGGAAUCAAACCAGCAAGUGUCAAAAAAGAUCCUAAUGUGAAAAAUGUUGCUGGAACUGCCAAUUUAGCCCAAGAGAACCAGGCAAUUAAGAAACAGAAGCUGGAUGAGGGGAGAUCCAGACAGAUUGUUAAUGCCAAGCCCCCACAACCAUUGAUGCACAAGUCCAAACUGGGUCUUAGCAGUGGCAGUUCUAACUUUUGUUCAUCUGCUCCAAAUAAGAUGAAGAAAGAGGAGAGAAAGGUUUAUGUUCGGGAACAAGCAGCUCCAGCUCCAUUUGUUUCAAUGGCAGAAAUGAUGAAGAAGUUCCAAUCAAAUACUAGAGAAUUGUCAUUGCCACACUUUAACAGUUCUAUCACCCAUGAUGGUCCUGCUUCUAUUAUCCCGAGGAAGCCUAAACUCACACUGACAAGGCCUAAGGAACCUGAAUUUGUAACAGCUCAGCGUGUUCGCUCAGUCAAAAUAAAAAGUACUGCUGAGAUUGAAGAAGAGAUGAUGGCCAAAAUUCCCAAGUUCAAAGCUAGACCACUGAACAAGAAGAUGCUGGAAGCUCCAUCGUUACCUGCAUUACCAAGAACUACACCACAGCCACCAGCAUUCCAGGAAUUUCAUUUUGAGACAACUGCUAGGGCCCACCAGAAUGCAGAAUCAGCUUCAGUGGCUUCAACAGAGGUGUCUCAUCAGAGUAGUCAGUGGAAACCCCAUUAUCUCACAGAGCCCAAAACCCCUGUUCUCCAUACAUCUUUAAGGGCCCGUCCAGCAAUGGUGAAAAGUUCUUUAGAACUAGAGAAAGAAGAGCUUGAAAAGAUCCCUAAAUUUAAGGCAAGGCCUUUGAAUAGAAAGAUAUUUGAAAGCAAGGGAGAGAUGGGAAUUUUCUGUCAUAUGAAGAAGCCAGUUACAAUCCCUGAAGAAUUUCAUUUUGCCACAUAUGAGAGGAUCCCACCGGCUUCUUCUGUUGCUGAUUUGCUCGACAAGCUCUCACUGAGGUCAGAACCUAUCCAUAACAAUCCCAUUCCAAGAAACACACAGCCAAAUCCUUUCCACCUCCACACAGAGGAAAGAGGGGCCGAGAAAGAGAGGAAGUUUGUGAUGGAACUUGUGCAGAAGCAGAUGGAAGAGGAAAUAGCAAGAGUUCCCAGAGCCCAUCCCUAUCCUUAUACCACUGACUAUCCUGUGAUUCCACAAAAACCAGAGCCGAAACCAUCCACAAAACCAGAACCUUUCCAAUUGGAGAGUCUAGUAAGGCAUGAAGAGGAAAUGCAGAGGGAAAUGCAAGAAAGAGAGAGAAAGGAAAAGGAAGAAGCCCAAAUGAGGAUAUUCAGAGCACAGCCAGUCCUUAAAGAGGACCCAAUUCCAGUACCAGAGAAAGUGCGAAAACCACUAACCCAGGUUCAGCAAUUCAAUCUCAAUGCAGAUCAGAGGGCUGUGGAAAGGGCAGAAUUUGAUCAAAAGGUGAAGGAGAAAGAAAUGAUGUACAAGAGAUACAGAGAAGAGAGUGAAACUGCGAGGAUGAUGGAAGAAGAGAAGGCAUUGAAACAGCUGAGGAGGACACUGGUUCCCCAUGCUCGGCCGGUUCCAAAUUUUAACCAUCCGUUCUUGCCCCAGAAGUCGUCCAAGGAAGCUACAAAAGGAAGGUCACCGAAUCUACGGGUGCUCCAAAGAAGAGAAAGGAGGAAGAUGAUGAUGGUGAAUGCAGCUUCUUCUGCCACUGCUUCUGGCAUGAGAUGA